AAGUAUCUGUAGCAGGCCACUCCUUUUUUUGUCUCAUAAACUCCUUCCUCAACUCGUCUCCUCUCUUUCACCAUCAUGGCUUUUACUGGGAAGUAUGAGCUGGAGAGUCAAGACAACUAUGAGGAGUUUCUGGAAGUAAUUGGGCUCCUCAAUGCCAAGACAGAGCACAAAGUGGUAACGGAGGUGCUGCAGGAUGGGAAGGACUUCACCUGGACACAAACCCUUCCCAACUGGACCUGGUCCAACAAGUUCACCGUUGGACAGGAAUGUGAGCUGGCGACGAUGACAGGCACUAAAUUCAAGUCUCCUGUCACCAUGGAAGGCGACAAGAUUUCAAUCCAGUUUCCUCAGUAUCACUUCACAGCAGAGAUCAUUGAGGAUAAGCUAGUGAUGAAUUGCAUCACUCCAGGAGAGAAGGGUGUGACUUUCAAAAGAGUUAACAAGAGGAUCUAAUGCUGCGAGACUCAACAUGCUUCAAUGGAAAAGAGGCUGCAUGCAGGACGCUAAACACAUCAUAUAAAAUGCUCACUCCAAUUACUGAAGCAAGAGGAAUAAAGUAACCAUCUGUAGUGAGGAGCAAGUGGAGCAUCUCCUAGCUUCACAGGACUGUGUUUUGUUGUUUAACUUUCAGAUUUUAAAUAAAUAGAAGGGGUGAAACUAUGAACUGUAUUUCUACAUGGAUGAAAUCAUUUACCUGUACCAGUAUUCAUGUUUGAGCUAAUAAAAAUCAUUGAAAUAUAA